UACUAGUCCACAAUAAUUGUUUUUACGUUAUGUUUGUAUCUCAAGCAUAUUCGAACCAAAAGGAUGUCAUCCAGACGUCUUCAUCUGUCCCUAUGCACAUCCAUUUAAUGGCGAAUGCGAGAGCCAAUCAGAUGUAAUGACUCUCUGAUGCUUCGGCAGCCAAGCCCCCCAGGCAGUGUUUGUGUUGCUUGCAUGUGUGUGUGCACAAGAUAGAGAAGGGAACCGAGAGAAUGGCGGGAGGAAACUGGAACGAUGGCGGAGAUGUGGUCAGAUUCGCAGUGCUGUCAGAAUGCUUUGCACUUGCCAUAAUCAAACUGUAUCAGGGGGCUGUAUUGCACCCACUUUUGUUUUACUCUCACGUGCACGUUUUUUACUUUACUUACUAAGUUUGAGUCCCACUGCUGCCCCCCCAAAAAAUGGAAGCAAUUGUUGGAGACUAGUCUCAUCCUGCUUCUACUCGUUCGUGACUGUUGUUGAGGCGCCCUUGUUUGCACGCCCCUUCACUCUGACACCUCUGCUUGCAUGCCUGCAUGCGUGUUAUCUGGUUCUCUGCGAGGUGUUAAACACAAUAUAUUCCUGUACAGUAGCAGAGUAUAAAAUGAAUUUACUCAUGAGGGAUUUUGACCAGGAUAGGUAUCAUAAAUGCAAAAAUAAUCACAUUGAAAUACUGUAGGUAGGCUGUAGAUUGUUGGUUACCCCUCAUAACAGAAAGAAUUUUAAGUUACUCGCAAAUUCGGAAUUUCUUUUCUUUGUCCCCCCCACCCUGAUAUCAUCUUUUGCAAAAGAUAUAUUUCUACUUUAUAGCGUUUUUCAAUAUGCUGUCUCUAUGUGGUAGCUAUUUCCCACAAAAUAUUUUUUUCACAUAUUUUCAGUAAUACAUUCAAACACUGCUUUUGAUAUGAUAAAAAAUUCAAACACUACGAUUAUAAAAUAAUGUCAAAUGUGGUGUGUAUACGUCUGUCACUUAAACGAGAUUAAUAAUUCAGAACUGCGACUGUUUGGCAUAAAAGCGCAACAAUAAGAGCGAGAGGGAGACUCGGUUUCUUUCGGACGGAGUCGGAAUCCGAGGCAAAAGCCCCCCCCCGGACUGAUCGCACCUCACUGCUACUCGGAUUGGGUCUCCCGUUUGCUGUUUGUUUACAUUCAAUCAAGGGAGUAGCACGAGGAAGCGCUGCUGGAAUGGACACUGCAAAUCAGCUCGCAUCUGCGGGGACCUUCCAGGUGCUCAAACUACCUCUGGGAUUUAUCCGCGUUUUGGAAUGGCUAUUUGCCAUAUUUGCCUUCGCAACAUGCGGUGGCUACUCUGGACAGCUGCGGGUGAGUGUGGACUGCAUGGAGAAGGCCAGCAGCAACCUCAGCAUUGCCAUCGACUUUGCUUAUCCUUUCAGGUUGCACCGGGUGUCAUUUGAAGCGCCCGCGUGCGAGGGCAUGAGGAGGGAGCGCCUCUUUCUCACCGGAGACUAUUCAUCCUCUGCCGAGUUCUUCGUAACAAUUGCCGUCUUUGCUUUCCUGUACUCCCUGGUGGCCACCGUCGUCUACAUUUUCUUCCAUAACAAGUACCGCGAAAACAACCGAGGACCGUUGAUCGACUUUGUUGUGACUGUUGUGUUCUCCUUCAUGUGGCUCGUCAGCUCUUCCGCUUGGGCCAAAGCUCUGUCUGAUGUCAAGCUAGCUACAGAUCCAGAUGAGGUUCAGCUCCUUAUCUCUGCCUGCAAGGAUCAGACAAAUAAAUGUGGCUCUGUGCAGGAACCCCGCUGGUCUGGACUCAACACCUCCGUGGUGUUUGGGUUCCUCAACUUUGUUCUCUGGGCGGGGAACAUCUGGUUUGUCUUCAAGGAGACUGGUUGGCACAAGGGUGCCGCCAGGUUUGUGGGCGGAGCCUCUGAGAAGCAGAGCAGUACCUUUACCCAGCAGCCCUCUAACCAGGGCAGCUUUGAUCAGUCGGGGAGCUACAACACCCACGCAGACUUGGGCCAGCUGUCCGAGUACAGUCAGGUUGGAGGUCCCUCCUCUUACGCCAAUCAAAUGUAGUUUGCCUUUUCAGUACCUCGAAGUGGUACUUGUGCAUUUUAAACAUGGAAACGGGUGAGGAAAAGAAAAAAAAAAUACAACCAAGAAGACAGAGAAGAGUUUGCAUCCAAUGAAUACAAGUUUUGUCAGGUAUAGUUUUUUUACUUGUUUUUUUUUUUUUUUUGUGUGUGUGUGUUUUAUUUUGGGAUGGGUGGAUUAUUAUGGUUGAGUGCAUUAUGUUCUAUUUUAUCUCGUAUUUGUUUGGUAAUGUUGUCAAGUAGGUGUGGACACGGAUGUGUUCCGUAUUUGAAUAUUUCAAACUUGGAAAAUGGUGUUGACUUUGUGCAUGUUACCGCAUGUGUUUCUAUGGUCUUUGCAAAUCUCUAUUUUUCUUUUUAUUUAUUUUUCACUUAGUCCACGCAGCAUGACGUAUGUCAAUUAUGUUACAGUAUGUCUACAGUUUUUCAAGCUACAUUAUGUAUAUUUGAAUCAUGUAUCCACGGUUAUGUCAUGUGACUCCAUUAAAAUGCUUAGACAAUGUAGAUAAAAAUGUUUUUGCUCGUGUCAAGAGGAUUGUUCCCUUCUUUUAUUCACAAGCUUUUGCAACAAUUUACUGUGAAUGUUGUCCAUGCUUGUGUUAACUUGUAAAAAAA